UGCACCGGUUUCCAAGAUGGCUGCCGUGGCGAAGAACAUCAGUCCUCGAUAUUUACGACAAUUUGCCGUGCGGAUUCCAACAGCAAUGUGGAGGUUGACAUCCAGCAGCUCAGCAUCUGAUGACGGCGAUUCCGUCAACACGGCCAGUUCUAGUUCACCAACAGAAAAAAAAGAAGAGGUCAGCGACAUAAGCACAUACAAAGUGAAGGAAUACUAUUCAUACAAUGAAUACUCUUUCUAUGAUUUGGAGAAUGUCAUUGAUGCUACUGGAAAGAGGCAAAUCCAGCCAAAUCCUACAGAGAAGUAUGCUCAUACUGACCCUUGGACAACAUAGGACAUGGUUACAGUUGGUGCAACUCUUGAAAAUACUGUUGUUUCUUCUUAAUCUUUCUCAAAAGUAUGCUUACAAAAUGAUGUUCUUAGUUGCUUUUCCAUGGCACAAAUACUUCAAAUGUUGAGAUGUAGCUCAUUUAAGGGGAUCAUAAUUACUUCUUGGAUAAAUUUAAAACAUUUACCAACAUGGCAUUUUUGAAAGUGACUUUAUGAAAGCUAUAAUUAUGUCCUUG